GUUAUUCUCCACGAGAGUUGUAAAAAAAUACCAGUCCUUUGUUACCUUAUAGCCUCAGAUCGCCUUGAAGGGACUAGAACAGUCACUUCUACUUCUCAUCUUUUAAAGCAGUACUGCCAACAAUCAUAAUGAUGAACUUUCAAACAAUGUUGCACAAUGUUUCUAUUUUUUUUCUGCUGUUCUGCAUUUGGCUACAAAAAGAAGUAAAUUGCUUUGUUCACCACAAUUCUCCUCCAGAUUCAGGUUACCUUCGUUUUACAUACGAAGCCACUGAUUUCUCUCCUGCUAAAGCUUACGAUUACAUCAUUAUCGGUGGAGGGACUGCUGGUUGCCCGUUAGCUGCCACUUUAUCUGAAUCAUAUUCUGUCCUGCUACUUGAGAGGGGCAGUAGUUUGAACAAGAGCGUUUUGUAUGAAAGUAAUAUCUUUCCGAAUCUCCUAGCUGCAAAUGAUAAUGAUUCACCGGUUCAAACUUUUGUUUCGGAAGAUGGUUUACAGAACGCAAGGGCGAGGAUUUUGGGGGGCGGUAGCAUGAUAAAUGGUGGAUUUUAUUCGAGAGCCGAUGACUACUUUUACGAUAAUGCAGGUAUCCAAUGGGAUAUGGGAGCUGUUGAAAGAGCCUACGAGUGGGUAGAAAAUAGUAUUGUUACUCGUCCAGCACAUUUAAAUAGGUUUCAAACUUCUUUCUUUAAUGGGUUACUCGAAUCAGGAGUUGAUCCUGAUAAUGGGUUCACCUUUGACCACGUUCGAGGAACCAAGAUUGGUGGUUCGACAUUCAAUGAUUCGGGGAUACGACAUGGGGCGGUUGAGCUUCUGAACAAUGCCAACCCGGAAAAUUUAGAUGUGUUGGUUCAUGCGAUGGUCGUCCGGGUGAUCUUCUCCACCUCUGACCCUUUAGCUGCGGUUGGAGUUGCAUACCACGAUUCAAAUGGAAAGUAUCACGAAGUUCAUGUAAGAACAAAUGGAGAGGUAAUUUUGAGUGCCGGAGCAAUUGGAAGUCCACAACUUUUGCUGGUAAGUGGACUCGGGCCAACUUCGUACCUUUCAUCCUUGAAUAUUCCUAUUGUUCUAGACCAUCCUUUCAUCGGGCAGUUCAUGGCUGAUAAUCCACGAACUGGGGUAAAUAUCUUGCUUCGAGAUUCAAUAACAGAUUUAGGCCUUCGUGUGGUUGGGAUUACUGAAAGUGGACCAUACAUUGAGUCGAUUACCAUCGCCCCAAACACACCUCUCAUGAGUAUCAUACCUUCUGUGGGUGCAGUGGCACUUUUUAACUCAAGUGUGCAGAUAAUUGCUGGAAAGAUUACUAGGCCUAAAUCAACAGGUUCAUUACAUCUCUUAUCUGAAUCUAAUGUAACGGUUAGCCCAAGCGUCCGCUUUAAUUACUACAAUCACACCGAAGACGUAAAUGAAUGCUGGAACGCUGUGGAAGUUAUUAGAAAACUGUUGGCUACUCCAUCCAUGGAAGAGUACAAGUUCGGUGGACAAAAUUUUGAAUUUAUUGGGUUGCCGUUACCUAAGGAGUCAUCUGAUUACGAGACCAUUGCGAAUUUCUGUCGUGACACUUUGUCCACAUUUUGGCAUAUCCAUGGUGGAUGCUUGCCUAACAAGGUGGUUGAUAGCAAUCUGAAAGUCAUGGGGGUUGAUUCUUUACGAGUCGUCGAUGCUUCAACAUUUUUUAACUCACCGGGAACAAAUCCUCAGGCAACCAUUAUGAUGUUAGGCCGGUAUAUUGGUGUGAAAAUGCUUGAAGAGAGAGUAGCAAGUCAAGGGCAUCCGUUCUUAGAAUACAUCUAGUGUAUUGUAUCUGAUGUGUCAUUUAUGUCUUACUUCCGCCUUUUAAUAAUAUCACGUUAACUAAUAAGAUUAGUUUAAUAAUAGAUUGAACCUGUUGUGUUGAAUGGGUUCAUUACUAGAAAA